AUGCCCCGCUUCAACCGUGUUUUUGAGGAAUUGGGGAUCGAGUAUGAGGAUUAUGUUAUUCCUCCGGAUGUGUUGCUUGGAUUGGAGAAGAAGAAGGAUUCUUCCAAGGCUGUUGCUUUGGCGGAGUCGAAGCAGAGGAAAGGGGGCGGCGCAGUCAAGCAACUUGCGAAGAAGCGCAAGGCGGGUGUUGUGCUGGAGACUCCUGUGGAGUCUUCCUCCGCGCGAUCUUCUGCUGCCGAGUCGAACUCGGUGGCUUCUACUCUUGCGGAGAUCGCCGCUGCUGGCGGAGGUCCUGAGGCUCAAGCUUCCCGUGCGGCCUCGUCUGUGCGGGCGCCUUUUGCGUCUCUUCUUGGUGAGGAUUCCUCCGACGCGGAGGCCCCUAGGGGGAGUCCUGCACGGGAGGCGAGUCCUGCACGGCAGGCGAGUCCUGCACGUGGGGUAUCUGCUGGAGGAGCGGAUGUUUUUGCUGGGUUGGCUACCGCGGAGGAGAUGGUUAAAGGCGCCAGCGUUGCGCAGGAAGGACUUGCCGUUCCUCCGCGGCGUGAGCCUGCGCCUUCUGCGUUGGCCAACAGGCCUUCGCCUGCUGAUGUACUUGGCCCCGGUGCUUCUGAUCCUUCGAUCACAGGUUGGACCGGUGCAUUGCGCGAGGUUCAUUCCUUGGUCGGAGAUCGUUUUCGUCAGAAGCUCCGCGGCAUGGACUUUGACACGCUCCUCCGCGUGCAAUAUGAGCACCAUAGCCUUGGUCAUCACAUGGCUGCUGCCUUGGAGGAGCGUUGCUCCCGAGAGGUCAUUUGCCGUGAUGAAGCAAUUGAGGCUCUUAAAAAGGAAAAUGAAACUUUGGAGGCUGAGAAGACUCGCCUGUCGGAGGAAGUUAAGGGAUUUGCUUCUAUUCGGCAGGCGGUUGAGGUGCUAAGGAAGGAGAAUGAAGAGUUUAAGCUUGCGUCGGAGGUUAUUAAGAAGGAGAAGGAGGAGGCUGAAGCUGCUGCGGCUGUCCUUCGCGAGAGUGCUUCCCAGCAUGAACGGACGAAGGACCUGGCUGUGCAGCGCGCUGAGAAGGCCGAAGACGUUGCUGACCGGCUGCGCAAGGAGUUGGAUGCUGAGAGGACGUCUGCUGCUGCGUUGCAGUCCCGUCUGCAGAAGGCGGAGGUGGAGGCUGCGGCUGUUGUUGGGCUCUACACCCACUCGCUGGCGCAGUUCGGAGGUAGCACCUCUGCUCCUCCGCCCAGCGGCGACGUUGGGGCUAGCCUCGCGUGGUUGAAGUCCCAUAUCCGCAUGCUCCCUGACUUUGUCGGAGGAGCUGUUGAUUUUGGGGCUUUGGCUGCGGUUAGCUCCUUCGCUCGGCUCUUGCGGCGCGGAGGUUGCUCCCACGCCGAGGGGGUUGAUAAGGCGGAGUUUGCCACGGCGGAGGACGUUGGCGAGGGCACCCCCGGCCUGCGCAAAUCUGUCCGGAACUUUAUCAGUUCGUUCUGGAUUAGGUUUGGGCGGGCUGAGGCGAAGAAGAUGGCGGAGGCUCGUCGCGCUGAGGAGAUUGCGAAGAAGAAGGCUAAGGUUGACAAGGCCGGUCCUUCGCGUCCACCAAGCGAGGCGCGUCCUCCGACCCAGGCUGAAGCGGAGGCUCGUGAUGCUGGUGCCAAAGCUCCGGAGGGAUCUCGUGCCAAGGUUUCAGAGCUGCCCGAGACUUCUGCUCCUCCUCCGCCUCAGGUGUGAGGCUUUUUAGUUUUUAGGUUUUUCUUAGUCUUUUUUGCGUCCAAGCAUGUGACGCUUUUUGUAAAUAAGGCCGGAGGUUUUGCU